AUGCUGCUGGCUGAAGCAGCCGCUGAAGAACCUUCAUCAGCAAAAUCUGGAAAGAACUUGGCCAACUUGACCAUAGGCACGAAGUACGGGUAUAUCGAACCUGGCCACAGUCAUUCAGACCAGCUUCUCUCCCUUAGACUAACAAAUGUGUCUGGCAGAGAAACCACCAGCUCCAUUGGCCACUUUAUCUACAUAGGCUUUCCCUCAAGCCCCAAAAUGCAGCUCCUCUACUUCAGGCUCUUCUCAGGAGCCUAUAUCCUGAUCCUGAUGCAGAACACAGCCAUUGUCUGUGCUGCGAGGUGGGACCUUCACACCCCCAUGUACAUCCUCUGGUGAAUUUCUUUUUCCUGAAAAUACAUUAUGCUCACAACCCCCCCUAACAUGUUGGCCCACUUCCUGUCCACCAGCAAGUCCUUGUCCUUUGUGUGUUGUUUUGCAUGGUUCUACUUCUUUUUCUCUUUUGGAUAUGAUGAAGGCUUCUUCCUUUGCAUCAUGGCCUUUGACAGGCAAUUUGCCAUCUGCCAUCCUCUGCAUUACCCAUGCAUCAUGACUAAACAGCUGUACACUGGCCUUGUCAUCUUUGGAUGGUCAUGUGGGUUCAUCCUCUUCCUAACCCCACUUGUUCUCAUUUCACAGUUGCCCUAUUGUGGUCCAAAUAUCAUCAAACAUUUUGUGUGUGAUCCUGUGCCAUUGAUGAUGCUGUCCUGUUCUGAAGACACCAUCACUCAGCUCACUUACUCUACUGUCAAUGCUAUUUUCAUGAUUGGCACCUUUCUCUUCAUCCUCUUCUCCUAUGCUCUGGUGAUUCUGGCUGUGCUAUGGAUGCCCUCAGAGGCUGGCAAACACAAAACUUUCUCCACUUGUGCUUCUCAUCUGGCAUUUGUCACUUUGUUUUAUGGCUCCGUUUUGGUAAUAUAUGUUAGUCCUAUAUCAGGACACCCAGAGAAAAUGCAGAAAUUCAUCACCUUAUUUUAUUCUGUGAGAACACCUCUAUGCAAUCCUCUACUAUGUAGCCUCAGGAACAAGGAGAUGAAGCCUGCUCUGAGGAGAAUGUUCAGGAGUGAACAAUGUGUUCAUAAAAUAUAA